AUGCAGACUGUUUCUACAAACAUUUGUGAAAGACUGUGCAAUAAGUUCAUCCAUGAAAUUUCGUUGCUACUAAAUAUUACACGCUUAACUGUUAGUGGUAUUAUAACAAAGUGGAAGCAACUGGGAAUGACAGCAACUCAGCCACCAAGUGGUAAGCUAUGUAAAAUGACAGAGCGAGGUCAGCGCAUGCUGAUGCGCACAGUGAGCAAAAGUCGCCAACUGUCUGCAAAGUCAAUAGCUAAAGACCUGUAAACUUCAUGUGGCCUUCAGAUUAGCACAACAGCAGUGCGUAGAGAGCUUCAUGGAAUGGGUUUCUAUGGCCAAGCAGCUGCAUCCAAGCUUUACAUCACCAAGUGCAAUGCAAAGUGUCGUUUGCAGUGAUGUAAAGCAUGCCGCCACUGGACUCUAG